AUUCCAGUGAUCGUGGUUCUGUUCGCCGCCCUGAGGAGGCAGAGGAAGAAGGAGCCGCUGAUCAUCUCCAAAGAGGACGUGCGGGACAACGUGGUGAGCUACAACGACGAGGGGGGCGGGGAGGAGGACACGCAGGCCUUCGACAUCGGCACGCUGCGCAACCCGCAGGCCGUGGACGGCAACAAGCAACGGCGCGACAUCAUCCCGGAGAUGCUGUUCCCGUGCCAACGCCCGUCGCCCGUCAGGGGCGGCGGCCACGACAUCAGAGACUUCAUCACGGGCCGCCUGGCGGAGAGCGAUGCUGACCCCUCGGCACCCCCCUACGAUUCGCUGGCCACCUACGCCUACGAGGGCAGUGGCUCGCUCGCCGACUCGCUCAGCUCACUGGAGUCGGGCGAGCCUGACGCCGACCACGACUACAAUUACCUCGGCAACUGGGGGCCCCACUUUAAAAAACUGGCCGACAUGUACAUAGCGAAGGACCCGCCCAGGGACGCGCCCUGA